AUGACAAUGCAGAGACGGACCACGAUAUGGUUCUUACUUUUGUUCCAACCAAUUCUAAUUCUCACUGACAAUCAUUCAGAUCCUUACGAUUGUAAAAUAGGAUCUGUUAACCCUCUAGCAGCUACCAGUCUGAAUGCGUGCUUUAAACUUUACAACACCCCAAAAAGUUACCAAGCUGCAAGACGACAUUGUGUAUCUCUUGGAGGCCAAUUAGCCGAUAAGAUUAAUAAGGACGACUCAUCUUUAUACUCUGCCAAUGCUGAUUUGGAAGUUACCAAUGGAACCCAGUUUUGGGUUGGUGCUUCGAAUUUAAAGUGUAAUAUUGGAUGGGAGAAUGGUGGAGAGAUUGAGUUCAAUGAGAUGUGGGCUCCUGAUUCAAGAUAUUAUGGAGUUGCCAUUGAUAAGAUGUCACUUGGAGGACUGUGGCAUACAAUACCAGUCGGACACAAACUUCCAUUUGUGUGUACAUUUCAGGGAAAAUCUAAAGAUGCGCCAGCACCAGUUCACGCCAUGAGAGCUCCGGCAAAGAAAAGAGUCAAGGCCGAGAAGCCAAAAGAAGAUGACAUUGAUGAGAGUUUGAAUGCUGCUUUGGCCGAUGAGAGGAAAAAGAAGGAAGAGAGUUUGGAUAAGAAGAAGGAGUCAAAAAAGGAUGAAGAGGAGAUCAAUGAGUCGAUGAAUGCAGCUCUUUCAGAUGAAAAGAAUAAAUCCUUAGCAAUGGCUGUUUCGGAUAAGAAAUCGUCUAGUAAGAAGGAUGAAUCCAGUGAUGAAGAAGAAGCCAGCAUGUCUGCUCAACAAUCUCUGAAUGGAAGUGAUGCAAUGUCUGCAUCGAUGUCAGCUUCCUCGAAGACCUCGUCCAGUGAUGAAUCCGAGGAUGAAACCUACGAUUCUGCGGAAAUUGCAAUGAGAAAAGACAUCGGAAAGAUUGCAAUUGCAAUGAAGUCUCAAGAGAUGGCUGCUCAAUCAGAAGACUACGACAAGUACACGGAAGCAGAUCUUCUCUCAGCUGCUGCAAGUCUCAUCGAAGGAAAAACGAUCAAUUUGAAUUGGGCAGACUCAAGAACUACGAAUACGUCUACUUUUGAUUCACAAACUGAUGAAGAGUCCAUGAGUUUAUCGAUAACUCUUGCUGAUCAAUUGGCAAUGACGCAGCAGAGUUCGAGCAAAAAGGAAAGUGCAAGUUCAAGUGAAGAUUCAAUGUCAGAGUCUAGUUUGGAUCAAACUAGUGAGCAGGCAGCUCUGUCGAUGGCAGCGUCUAUGAAAGCAAGCAACAAGAAUUCAAAGAAAAGUAGUUCUCAGGAUGAGAGUGAAGACAUUGCUUCAUUGAGUAUGGAACAAAAAGCACAAGAUAGUGCGAAGAUGGCAAUGGCAGCUGCUUCAGAAUCACAAAGUAAAUCGGAAAAUGAAGAGGAGAGUGUAGAAGAAGCUGAUCUUGCUUCUGCCGCAACAAUACUUGGGCAUGGAAACAAGAAACCAGAAGCCCCAAAGCAGCCAAAAAAGAAUCCACUCACAACGACAGAAGAGCCAGAUAUCGAUGAAUCUCUGAAUGCAGCACUGGCCAAUCAGAGAACUACAACCCAUCAACCAAAUCUUUCCACUCUUCUAACCACUGUCAAUCCAGAAAGUGCUCUUGCAAUUGCUGCAAUCCCAUCUGAAACCCUUCCUGGUUGUCCUGCCGAAUGGACUCAGUUCAAUACAAAUUCCACUGCUCCAGCUCUUUGUUUCAAGAGAUUCGAGAAAUCAAUGAAUUUUGAAGAUGCCCGUCUGUUCUGUGUGAGCAAGAGCGGUCAUUUGGCAUCGAUUCACAAUGAGAGACAGCUACUUCUUCUUUCUGCGUUGCUUCACAAUAAAGGACCUGAUGCGCUUUCGGAUCAAACAUGGAUCGGUUUGAAUCGUAUUCAUCAGAAAUACUAUGUUUACGAAGAUGAGACUGCCAUGGAUUUCACGAGAUGGCUUCCAGGAGCACCAAACAUCAAUGAUUGCACAGUGUUUACCGGAAACGAACUUCCCAACUAUCCACACAAGGGAACGCAAUACAAAUUUGGAGAUUUUCCAUGUGAAGAGGCUCAGAAAUCAGUAUUAUGUGAAGUCACACUUGGAAAAGAUAAAAUCAAAUCGAAACCGACAUGUGAAGAAGGAUGGAGCUAUUAUUCUCAUGAUGGAACUGCCAUGAGCGGAAAAUGUUACAAGCGAAUUGAUGAAGCCAAGAAGUUCACAGAAUCCCGUGAGGUAUGUAAGCUCCAGAACUCGUACGUGGCAUCAGUGCAAAACGAAGGAGAAGCGAGAUUUGUGUCAGCACUUGUGCAGACAGAAAAGAACUACACAGUUGAUGAACAGACGUGGAUUGGUUAUGUGAAGUACGAAAAAGAUUUCGGAUGGGAGGAUGGAAACACAGGAUUGCAUUUCGAUCCAUGGACUGAGAAGAUGCCGAGAGAAAAGAAGUGUACAGUGUUCACUGGAAAUGAAAUUCACGAAGAUUGCCGUAGUCAAUAUCGAUUUGUCAGUGUUGAUUGUAAUAAGAACCAACGAUCAGUUCUAUGCUCGAAACCUCCGAUGACAGACGGAAAACGAUUCGUAUUCAAAGACACGGAAAAUUCAACAAAGAAAGUUUGA